GAGGCAGGGAAAGGGUUGACCACCAGGGGGCGCUGCCAGCACCGGAAGCCAGUCUCUGUUGCGCCUGCGCGGACGCGAGGAAGCCGCGUUCCCGAGCCCAGCGAGUACGCGCGCUCCUCGCCGAUUGCGCCUGCGCGGAGCCUGCCGCUACCCUUCUCUUGCCGGGCGCUAGUCGCUCGCCGGCGGCCAUGGGGGAGGCCGAGGUGGGCGGCACGGGCGCCCCAGGCGACAAGGGCCCAGGCGAGGCAGCGCCGAGCCCUGCUGAGGAAACGGUAGUGUGGAGCCCUGAGGUGGAGGUGUGCCUCUUCCACGCCAUGCUGGGCCACAAGCCUGUCGGGGUGAAUCGACACUUCCAUAUGAUUUGUAUUCGAGACAAGUUCAGCCAGAAUAUUGGGCGCCAGGUCCCAUCCAAGGUCAUCUGGGACCAUCUGAGCACUAUGUAUGACAUGCAGGCACUGCACGAGUCUGAGAUUCUGCCAUUCCCAAAUCCAGAGAGGAACUUUGUCCUUCCAGAUGAGAUCAUUCAGGAGGUCCGAGAAGGAAAAGUGGUCAUUGAAGAGGAAAUGAAGGAGGAGAUGAAGGAGGAUGUGGACCCCCACAAUGGGGCUGAUGACGUUUUUUCAUCUUCAGGGAGCUUGGGGAAAGCAUUAGAAAAAUCCAGCAAAGACAAAGAGAAGAACUCCUCAGACUUGGGGUGCAAAGAAGGGGCAGACAAGAGGAAGCGCAGCCGGGUCACUGACAAGGUCCUGACUGCCAACAGCAAUCCCUCCAGCCCCAGUGCUGCCAAGAGGCGCCGAACAUAGACACCUCAGCCCCAGUGGCCACAAAGAUGCUCCAAUGCUGCAAGCCCUCACUGCCUGUUCUCAGGUUCCUGGGUGAAUGUGACUAUCCAGCAGAGAUGCUAAUGGGGGCUUCUCCUGUGUCAUCAGACCAUCAGAGCACCUGAUUGGUCUAAAAAAUCAGCAUCCACUCUGCUUGGAUGGUGAAGCCUCUGAGCCAGCCUCUUGCUUUCUCCUGGUUGGUUCCCUGUAUGCCCAUAGUGUGUGGAGAGGAGCAGGUGCAUGGGACCAGAGGACCGAGAGUCAGCAAGCAAUAAGACGCCACCCUCACUGUCCUCUGAAGGAGGGAGCCGCUCAUCUUCCCUGGGUGCCCACUCUUUGCAUCUGCUUGUCCUGUGAAGCUCCAGUGUGCACUGGCAUCAGGAAAGGUGUCUUUGGAGUUCACACAGCAUAAACUGUGCACAAAAGGCCUCCCCAACUGGGAAACGGAACUGGAUAUUUUGCCUCAUUCACUUGUACUGUAACAAUGUAUAUAAUUUGGUUGGUAUUUCACUAUUUAAUUUUUAAGAAGCCUAUUUUACUAGUGUUUUGUAUGAAGAAAAAUACUGCAGAAGUUAAACCUGUGAUGUGUUUUUUCUGAGAUGUUUUGUUUUAAGGUAACUACUGAGAUACCUCUGGCUUUGUUUUUAUAUGCCAGAUACAGAGAAUUUUUAGCGGUUAUUUUUGUAAUUUUAAUAACUUGGAAGAGACCAAUUAAGGAUGUGGAAUAAAGGCAGAGCUGUCAGGCUGAAGAGCUACUGGCCUGAUGGUGGAAGUACACUUUCAUUUGCAGAACAUUAAAGCAUUUAAAAAAUCA